AGAGAAGUCGCCUGAUAUAGAAGUGACAGUCUUGCCGGCUGGUCGAGUGUUCCUUCUGCCUACUCUUGAAAUUCCUCUCUCCAUGGCCCGAUUGGAGAUCUUCAUUGGACGGGUUAAUCGUGUGUCGUCGGACCGUCGGAAAAAGAGGUCGGAAAUCGCAGCGGCAACAGUCGUGGUCGGAAAUUGAAGUGGAGGAAAAGCUAGAAGUGGAAAGAGAGGGAGAGAGUGAGAAUAACGCGAGGGGAUUGAGUGGGUAAUGGGGGGUGUUUUAUUUGGGGUACAAAAUGGGGGUGUAAGUAGCAUUCUCCACGGAUGAAAAGAUUUUACCUCUUUCCCCGGGCGUUUCUUACUCAGAACUGAAACAGAGUUCACCCCUUUCUUCUUCAAUUUCACACUGUCUAUUCCUUUGAUAAAAUCACAGGAUUAGGACCAUUAGGUUGUGAGGUAGCUGCCCGGAAGGACAGGCAUGGAUGAGCCAGCAGUGAUAGUGAAUGCGCACUAAAGGACAAACUGAAUCUAUAAAGGAACAACAUAUUGUUUCUGAUUUGAUAUCUAGUGGACAUGUCAUUAAUCAAAGAAACCAAAGAGAUGGGAAAGGUCAAAGCAAAUGGUCUAUUUCACUUCUGCUGGACUGUUGGGCAGGAUGAAAACCAAGAAAAACUGCCGAUCCCAAUGGGAUUCAUGAAAUACUUGAAAAAGGGCAAAAGAGGUUUACCAGGCGAAGCAAUUCUAAUGUGCUCUUCUGGUCAGUCUUGGACGGUCAAAUUAUCUCUAGAUGCUGAUGGCUUAUUUCUAAGCAAGGGAUGGGGCAAAUUUUUCAAAGAAAACCAUCUUUGUGAUGGAGACUUCCUAUUAUUUAGAUAUGAUGGAGGCAAAACCAUAAAAUUUGAUGUGAGAGUUUUUGGUGCAAAUGGAUUGCCAAAGGCGAAAGCCUCUGAUUCUGGGAAAGAAAAUUUAUGCAAACAAUUGGAAAACUAUGCCUCUCAAAUUGUGAUAGUGGACAUGCCGUUAAACAAAGAAUCCAAAGAGAUGGAAAAGGUCAAAGUAAAUUGUCUAUCUCACUUCUGCUGGACUAUAGGGCAUGAUGAAAACCAAGAAAAACUGCCAAUCCCAAUGGGAUUCAUGAAGAACUUGAAAAAGGGUAGAAGAGGUUUACCUGGCGAAGCAAUUCUAACGUGCUCUUCUGGUCAGUCUUGGAAGGUCAAAUUAUGUCUCGAUGCAGAUGGCUUAUUUCUAAGCAAGGGAUGGGGCAAAUUUUUCAAAGAAAACCAACUUUGUGAAAGAGACUUCCUAUUAUUUAGAUAUGAUGGAGGCAAAACCAUAAAAUUUGAUGUGAGAGUUUUUGGUGCAAAUGGAUUGCCAAAGGUGAAAGCCUCUGAUUCUGGGAAAGAAAAUGUCUGCAAACAAGUGGAGAACAAUACUUCUCAACGUGUGAAAGAUGAAUGCCUGAGUUUGGAUGUUCAGCCUGAAAUUUCUGCUCACAAGAAGAAGAGGGAUGAACUGGUGGAAACUGGAGUUACUACAAUGGCUUUAGUUAGAUAUCCCAUUAAUGAAGUGCCAAGUCCAUGGUCUAAAUCUCUUGCUUUCAGCUCCAACAGUCCUUUUUUCAGGUGCAUUCUGGAUGAAUGCAGUGUGAAAAGAUAUUUCUUGAAAAUCCCCAAAGCGGCGUGUCCUGUAGACAUGUUUCCGAGCGAAAAAACAGAUAUUAUCCUCCGCAACUCAAAUCUACAGUUCUGGAUAGUGAAAGUUCAACCCACCAUGGAAGCAUAUACAUUUCAAACAGCCGGGUGGCGUAAGUUUGUUCAAGAAAAUGAUCUCAAGGAAGGAUAUGUUUGUGUGUUUGAGCUUUUGCAGAUUAAUGAACUGCUGGUUCAUGUGUUUCAUUGAAACUUGAGGUAACGAGAGACUUGAUCGCUUAUCAGAGCUGUUUGAAUUUGAUUCUGAUGGUGUUCUUGUUUUAGAAUCAGAAUCAGAAUUCGAUUAUUUUCUAUGAUAGAGUCUUUCCUUCUUAAGAAGUGUAUUGUUUAUGGAUUUAUAUUCAUAUUUUAAAGUCAAUUAUUGUGAAUGGUUUUUAUUGUAUAAAGUCCGGCUUCCUGAUCUUUGUUGUCUGCUGCCUGGCUUUGGACUUGG